AUGAUAGAUAGGUGUAUAAAUACUUGGCAGUACUCCGAGUGGCCAUUUCGCAUUACCCACUCAUUUGUCCAGGAACAAGAGCCCUUAGCUCUAUCAUUGUCAAGGCAAACCUUUCACGACUGUGCAUCCAUCUUUUCGCAAGAUCGGCAACAUGAGAGUCAUCCACACCAAAGACUUCUAUUUCAGCUCCGACCAGGACGGGUUAGAUCUCCGCAAGGAACCUUGGAAGGCUACGCAAUUCUUUCCCAUCGGUGGAUCUCAUACGAGAACGGCGGUGAAAUCCCAUUCCAUCAAUAUGAACAACAUAUCGAAAAGCUCAAGUCCGACUCGACAGACUUGAGCCCACAACUGGACAAGAUACGCGGCGCUUGUAGAAUUCUUGAUCCGACCGAACUGACCACAUCAAUCAACUCGAUGCACUUGUGGUACCAUGAUUCAUCGUUGUGCAUUACCUCUCUGUGGGAUGUCGAGUUGAAUCCCCGAGGUCCAACAAUAUCGCCGUCGGACCCGCGGAUCUUCAACUCCAGCGUUAACAAUAAGCCGGCCUCAUGGUUCUCUCGAGGGUGGACGCUGCAGGAGCUUUUGAACUCGCAGAGAAUAGAGUUCUACGAUAAGAAUUGGACUCUCAUCGGUACAAAGAGGGACCUACUGUCCCCACUCAGCAAGCUCACAGGGAUCGAUGAGAACUAUCUCACUGGUAUGGAGGACUUCCGCGACGCAUCUGUGGCUACCAAGAUGAGUUGGAUGGCGAACCGAACAACCACUCUUGAAGAAGAUCUCGCCUAUAGUAUGCUCAGCAUUUUCGGAGUCAACAUGACGCCCAACUACGGUGAAGGCCCAUGCGCCUUCAUGCGCCUACAAGAAGCCAUAUUAUCUGGCUCAUCUAUGGACGAGUCCCUGUUUGCCUGGAAGAUGCCGAAUGCCAACUCCGGGGAACGGUACAACCGCCAGAACAGCGCAUGGGAGGGAUACGAGUGGGGCCUCUUGGCGCCAUGCCCAGCGUGGUUCGCGGCCUCUGGGGGCGUCAGGGCCCUGCCCAACGCCACACGACGCCGUGGGCCGUUCGAGGUGACAGGAGAAGGCGUCAAGGCACCCGUCGGCCGAGCUGCCACACAGUCCAGCGUCAGCGUCUGGCACUUCAUUGCCAUUUCCGGCCUGGCGGCUGGUAUCAUCCCCGGCCUGCCGGCAAUGAUGUACCUGAAGCACAUCGUCAAGGAGGCGUUGAACUCGGAUGCCACGUUUGGGCUCAACUGUGGGAGGAGGAAGCAGGUGGGCAUCUAUCUCCGGCCCGUGUCCCGGGUUGAGAACGGGGACAUAAGGACUCGCUUCCCGUCCUUUGCCAGGACUGGCCCCGUGAAAAGGGUCCGGUGCAACGAGUUUGGGCUUAAAGCCGAGAGCUUUUCAAGCGCCCCGGGCCUCGUGGUUCAACCAGCGCCGGCCAACGCAUACAGAAUACGAAAGACCAGUGCUGACCUUGCCUGAUUGGAGUAUGUUG